CAUUAAAUGGUCAGUGAGGAGGAAGUAACCGGAUGUAGUCAUGUUAGCUUGACUAGCUAAAUCCUGACAGUAAAACGUAAAGUUUGUGUAAAACAGCUGUGUAAUUCAUGUCUCCGAGUCUGUCCUUGACAGCCUUCCUGAAGAUAUCCUUUGCACAUGUUUUUUGGAUCGCUGCGAUUAUUUCUUGAAUAAGUUUGCAGUGAAGAAUGUUAUUAGCCUUCAUUGGCAAGUCAAUGUACUUUUAGUCACUGUGAAGCUAAAGCAGCAAACAGCAGAGACUUAAUCAGUGUUUUAGAUGUUGAAGCUUGUAAAGCUCAUGAUUUAGUGCUACAAGACAAGUCCACGCUCUGAGUUUAUUAGACUGCGGGAAAGACCACAUCGUCUGUGGACACCUCCUCUAAACCUUGUUGAGCGGUGGACGGAGAGAUUAGGGACAGUUACAGAGUGACACCAGAAGUUCAAACCAAGGUUUCAGACUCUCCGCUCUGCAGCAUCGCUUCAGCUCUGCUACGGUUUACAUUUUAGAAACAUUAGAUUUGCACCUGAUUCCAGUUUCAGGCAGCAGAUAUACAGAAGAUACAGGUUAUAUAACUGAGACCCUGACUUAAUAGAACAUGUGAAGGUUGCAAACAAGGAUUGUGAAAAAAAGAAUCCCAAGUGGAUCGAUGAUGUCUGAGAUGAAGGUUGAAGCAGAAGACUCUGGAGGGCUCAGUUUGGAGCCCCUGAUACCUGCAGCGUCAACAUCAGAACUGGAGCAGACACAAGACAGCAAAGAUCUCAUCCAUCAGAUGUUGGUGAUUAAAGUGGUUCCCCAUGACUGGAGCCCCAGUUUGGACCAGCAGGAUCCAGAGCCCCCCCACAUAAAGGAGGAAGAUGAGGAGCUGUGGAUCAGUCAGAAGGAAGAGCAGCCUUCUGUGAAGAAUGAAGAUGAGGAAAAACCUCGGUUAUCAGAGCGUCAUCAAGUUGAAACUGAAAACAAUAGAGAGACAGAAGCUCCAACCAGCACCUCAGUUAUACAGAUGGAAAGAGAACCUGAUGGACAGAGCUGUGGAGGAUUAGAACCAGACAAGAACCCAGAUUCAGUAUGUUCUUCCCACCUAAGUAAGAAGAUGGUUGAGAGAAGAGAUAAGACAUCAAAACUGUCUUCCAGUGUUACGGCUCAGUAUGGAGUCCACACAGGAGAGAAGCCAUUUGGUUGCAAUAUUUGUGGCAAAAGAUUUAAACUUAAGACAAAUCUUAAAUUACACAUGAUGAUUCACACUGGAAUGAGAGAGCAUAGGUGUGAUCUUUGUGGUAAAGGAUUUAAGGAAAAACUUUCUCUUCAGACACAUAUGAGAGUCCACACUGGAGAGACUCCAUUUUCCUGUGAUGAUUGUGGGAGAAGGUUCCAUGCAAAGAGAAAUCUUAACAUUCACAUGAAGCUCCAUUCAGAAGAAAAAACAUUUUCUUGUGAUGUUUGUGGUGCAAGAUUUAAGGUAAAGGAAAGUCUUAAAAAACACAUCUGGAUCCACACUGCAGAGAGACCUUUUGUUUGUAGUGUUUGCAAGAAAGGUUUUUCACAACAAAAUAUUCUAAAGAGACACAUGCUUAUUCACACAGGAGAGAAACACUACAUUUGUAGUGUUUGUAGUAAAGGCUUUUUACGACAAGGUGAUCUAAAGAGUCACAUGCGUGUUCACACAGGAGAGAAGCCGUUUUUUUGUGAUGUUUGUAGUAAAGGAUUUUCACAGCAAGUAUAUCUGAGAAGGCACCUGGAUAUUCACAAUGCACAAUUUAGCUGUAGAGACUGUGGAAAACGUUUUGUGAAGGAAACACAGCUACAGCGACAUGUGAGGCUCCACACAGAGGAGAGACCAUUUGGUUGUGAUGUCUGUAAAAGCAGAUUUAUUCAAAGGAAUCAUCUGGAAAAUCACAUGAAAGUCCAUUCAGGAGAAAAACAGUUUGUUUGUCAUGUUUGUAGUAAAGCGUUUUCACUGCAUGGAGAUCUAAAGAGACACAUGCGUGUUCACACAGGAGAGAAACCAUUUGUUUGUAGUGUUUGCAGUCAAAGAUUUUCAAGACCAGCAUAUCUGAAAAAACACAUGGAUGUUCACACUUCACCUUUUGAAAGUUUUAUUAAUCGCAGUUAACUUUUUUUGACAUUCAGAUGAAGCAACAUUUUAAACUCCACAGAAGGAGAGGCCUUUUCAUUGUGAUGUUCGCAAAAGUAGAUUAAAUAUAAAGAAUCAUCAUUAAAAGUACUUACCAGGCAGCACAGGGGUAAAGUGUGUGACCAAUGUACGGAGGCCUUAGUACUCGAUACAGACUGUCGUGGGUUUGAGUCCCAGCCCGUUGACAUUUACUGUGAUUUGAUUUCAUAAAUAAUGGUCGAUUUCUAAGAAGAGUUCAACCUUGUAAGAGCAGCACACUGAGACAGGCAACAACUCCAGUUGCUACAAAUUAUUCUUCUCUUCUUAUUUUUUGGUUUUAUGGUUGUAUGAAGUGUUAAUUUAUUGUUCUUUGUUCUGGCUCAUUAUUGCUGUGCAGCACAUUCAUGCAAGUCUGUUUAAAACACAAUUUAAAUAAAGUUGACAUUGACUGAAA